UUAUUAUUCCUUCGUGCUCCCACCUCAUCUCUGUCACUGCCCGCCGCUGCUGGCAAGGAGAGGUAUGAAAGGUUCUUAACAAAAAUAACGAAGAGAUUGUUGUUCUGGCCUUUUGGUGAAUAGCAAGAAAUAAGCAACAAUCAAGAAAUAGAACAUGUGUUUACCUGAAAGUUCGACCCAUUAAAAUAACAUAAAAACUGGUAUAGUAACAAAUUAGUAUAAACAAUUCGUGAGAAUGGCAGAUCACACGCAAAACUUUGUAGAAGAGUUGUUUAUGCUUUUUGGACCACCUCCUAUAUUACCUGACAUUAAAGCUGAAUUGAAGAAAUAUGUCGAAUGUCCUGAUAAACUUCCGAUUCACCAACUCGAAAAUAUUCAGUGCUACUGGCCUAGAGAACUAGAUAAUGUGGCUAUUUUGAAUUACAAUUUAGCGUCAGUUGGACAUUCUUUAAAAUUUAAAAGGGAUCCAAUCACUGGAAAGAUUGGAGAGAUGUUAGAAGUAGAUCUCCGAAGCACGGGCGAAACAGCGAGAAAUUCCAUGUCUAUGAUGAGAGCACCUGGACCAUCUGCUGAAGGCGUUAGGGGUAAUACUAGUAACUUUCUGUUUUGGCCGGGUGGUUUUGACGAACCUGAGGAACCUGAACGUACUUUAAUGUCCGAUGUAUAUUUUGAAAGCAAUCUUCGAACUUUAGCUAAAGGCUUCAAGUCUGGUAUUGAAUUCCAAUCGGACAAUUGUUCACCAAAAAUAAUUCAAGUCGGAGAGUUUUUUCACGUAGAAUCUAAGGAAGAAUACAAAGAGGAAACCGACACUGUAAAUCUGAUAGACAUCGUUAACGAGGAAUCAAAUUUAUUAAAACUUUGGUCUAAAACCGUAUCGGAAACAAAGUCUAAAGAAAAGUAUGUGCAAGAGCAUGAUAUCUCUUUACAUGUAAUAGACGAAAUUACUGAACCAUCUACAGAAUCCGAGAUACCCUUCUUAAAAAUUUCUGAACAUACAAAAACUUAUUCGCAAGCGGAAUGGGCUGAACAAUUAGACGUCUCAGUAGCCGUUUCUGAUUUUGACAAAAAGGUUCCUGAUCCAGCCAUAAAAUUCAAAUAUGAAUUAGAUAAUUUUCAGAAACAAGCGAUUAUUAAACUGGAAGAAGACUGCAAUGUUUUUGUUGCUGCACACACGUCGGCAGGCAAGACUACAGUCGCAGAAUAUGCGAUUGCACUGAGCCAAAGGCACAAGACAAGGUCGAUCUACACUUCGCCUAUAAAAGCACUGUCAAAUCAAAAGUUCCGUGAAUUCAAAGAAAAGUUUAACGAUGUCGGACUUAUCACGGGAGAUCUUCAAAUAAACCAAAAUGCAACAUGCCUUAUAAUGACUACCGAAAUUUUGCAGUCGAUGCUGUACUGUGCAUCUGAAGUUCUUAGAGAUUUAGAAUAUGUGAUUUUUGAUGAAGUGCAUUAUAUAAAUAACGAAGAUCGUGGGCACGUCUGGGAAGAAAUUGUCAUAUUAUUACCCUCAACAGUAAACAUCGUUAUGUUGUCUGCUACGGUGCCUAACCCGUUGAAAUUCGCCAACUGGGUAGGUCAAAUCAAGAAAAGAAAAAUGUACGUGAUCAGUACAGUGAAAAGACCAGUGCCAUUACAACAUUAUUUAUAUGUCGGCAGCAAUAUGAAAACUAAAGACAGUAAUUACCUGUUGCUUGAUACAGAUGGUAAAUUUUCAAUUGAAGCAUGGCGACGUGCACACGCACAACGAGAAUUCGAAUUGAAACAGAGCCUAGAAAAAAAGGGAACUAAAAAGUUCAAGGAAAGCAAGAAACAAAACAAAGUUGCAUUGGAGCCAGUUGGAGCAUUCCAAGAACCAGAACCACCUGAGGAGAAGAGACCUUCAAUGAUUUCACAAAAAGAGCGAGCAAUGUGGGUUGCUUUUCUCAAAUAUCUUCAACAGCAGGACAAAUUGCCUGUGGUUGUUUUCGCACUGUCGAGGAAUCGUUGCGAUAAAACAGCAGAAUCUUUACAGCAUCAAAACGUUGAAUUAAUCACUUCUUCACAAAAGGACAAUGUGAAAAGUUUCUUCAAAAAGUCAAUAAAAAGACUAAAAGGGUCAGACGCACAGUUGCCCCAGGUUCUAAAAAUAGAAAAGCUUUUGGAACACGGAAUUGGAAUUCACCAUAGUGGAAUUCUGCCCAUUUUGAAAGAAAUCGUGGAACUACUAUUUCAAAUGGGAUUGGUGAAGAUGCUAUUUGCCACUGAAACAUUUGCCAUGGGUGUUAACAUGCCGGCAAGGACGGUUGUAUUUGACGCUGUUGUGAAAUACGACGGCUCAAAGUUUCGACACCUUUAUCCCACUGAGUACAUACAAAUGGCGGGGCGAGCUGGUCGUAGAGGUCAUGAUACUACAGGAACCGUAAUAAUAGUCUGCAAAACAGAAGUGCCAAAUUUCAUAGAUCUGCAAGCAAUGAUGUGUGGUGAACCUCAAAGCUUAGAAUCACAGUUCAAGAUUACCUACUCGAUGGUCCUGCACCUAAGAAGACUCAGCGAAACCGUUUCUGUAAAAGAUAUGAUGCGGAGAUCCUUCAAGGAAGCGUCUUCAUUAGUAAAGGAGAAGCAGAUGAAAGCAGCUCUUGAGAAGAUUGAAGAGAGUCUGGCGAAAUCUCCAACACUAUCUUUGUGUCAGCAAGAACUAGGAGAAUUUUAUGAAACUGCCAUUGAGUAUUUACGCAUUUGGUCGAGUUUCAGACCACACAUGCUCUCCACGAAAAGAGCGGUUAAAAAUCUAGUGGAAGGUAGAGUUUUACUUGUUUCGUUUCAGUUUCACUAUAACAAACUUGCUGUUUUACUUGAUAUGGGAAGGAGAGCGCAGAAUGUUACGUACAAAGUGUUGCUUCUCACAAAUGAGGAAGAAAAGUCGACAGAGAAGAAUGAUAAUUGGUAUAAGAUUAUAGCACUUACUAAGGAGAAACUGUUUUUGCCGAAUCAUGUACCUUCUCAUGAGGUGUUGAUAAUCGAAGAUCAUAAUAUUCUGGAAAUAACUAAUUGUACAAUCAAAGCUGAUUAUGCUUUCGUGAAAGCUGAUUGGGAAAGAAGACAGAUACCAAGGUUUCGAGAUUCUCCACCAGGUCCAGCUACUAACACAGUUGUCCAAGAAUUGCUAAGAUUGUCUUUGGAAGCUACUAAGAAUUUUAAAGUGCUUUUGCCAUUUACUGAAAUGGUGAUAAAUGGUAUCGAUCUCAAGCCUAAAGAACAGAAAUUAAAGGAUCUGAAGCAAAAAAUGCGUAGUUUUGCGAUGACUCAAGCCGAGAACUUUGAAGAGCAUUUCAAAGAGGCUUUUUUCAGAAAGGAACUUGAAGAGAAACGAAAGGAACUGAUGAUCAAACUUAGUGACAACAAUUUAAGAGAUUAUCCGGAUUACGAAAGCAGAGUUAAUAUUCUAAAAAUUCUUGGCUAUAUCGAUCAGGAUGAAAGAGUGACACUAAAAGGAAGGGUUGCUUUGGAAAUGGGAACGCAUGAGUUGUUCUUAACGGAAUUGGUAUUCAAGAAUAUACUUACCGACUGGAGUCCUCCAGAAAUAGCUGCAUUGCUUUCAUCUUUAGUUUUUCAACAACGCACAGAAGUAACAAACGAUGAUCUUUCACCAAGGAUGAAAGAGUUACAAAAUGUAGUGGCACAAGAGUUCGAGGAUUUAGAAAAAAUGGAAAGGCAAUACAGCGUGAUACCAGCUUCACCUUUAAGUUUCGGUCUCGUAAACGUAGUUUAUCAAUGGGCCAAAGCGGAAUCGUUUGGUAAUAUAAUGAAAUUGACUGACGUUCAGGAAGGCAUAAUCGUCAGAUGUAUUCAGCAGCUGAAUGAAACUCUUCGCGAUGUGAAAAACGCUGCUAUUAUAAUAGGAAAUCCAAUUCUGAAAGAGAAAAUGGAAGAAGCUUCGACUGCUAUUAAGCGUGAUAUUGUUUUUACAGCUUCGCUCUAUACGCAAGACUAAAAACGUGUAUUCUUAAUAUUAAAUUACUUUAAAAAUUGAAAA